CCUGCUCCUUCCAGAACCACCCCCGAUGGGGAGAUGUAAGCCACUUGGGGAGCCCCAUGGCUCGCUUGACAAACUCUCUUCUGAAGAACAUUGUCAUCAGAACUCAGUUUGACAGCGUCAGGAGGAAACAGUGUCUCCAGUAUCUGAACACUCUGAGAACUCUGCAAUAUGAUGGAUAUAAGACUGUGUAUUUUGGGGAAACUGAGAUCCCAGAAACUCUUGUCACUGGGGAAGAUUUUAGUGAUAGCUAUUACAUGAACACUCCAACCUGGUGUAUUCUGCAUGCCGGAGGCAGUCAAGGGUGGGUGCCUUGGAAAUACCGGAUGUUCUUAAGAGACGACCUGUGCAUCAAACCGGAAGACAGCCUCUUCUUUGAGUUCUGUGAUGUUGUGAAGAAGGCCUACGGGAAGUGCGCCAUCGUGGUCAAAGGACGAAGGCAACAAGACGAGAUGAAACCAAAGGCCGAUAAGGAGGGGGGCGCCCAGGCCUGUGCCCCAGCAAGCGUUAACUUAACCAGCAUCGUGUGUUCUCCGGGAGUGGCCAAGUCCUAUGGCCAUGAACUAAUCUCUCUGCCCUCCCCCUAUAACUACCUGAACCCCUUAGACUCUGCCUGGUCUUCUAUGAAAUGGUUCAUCAUCAACAACAGGAAAGAGUUUUGUCUGCAGUCUGUCGACAACGUCUACGCGUACCAGUACAUACUUUUCAGCGACUUAAUUAGCAAAGGGAUCGAAAAGGUCAGCCUGAGCAAGUGGAAGGCCCUGACCAGCAAAGUGCGGAGGUGGGAGAAUUACUAUCUGGGGAAGUUUUCCUAAGGGCGUCUCCUCCACGAAGAGACCAGCCGGAUGCUCUUUACUGCUGACUGUGGAGUUUGAUUCUGGCCCUCAGUCACCACAGACACCUCAGGAGUAAACUCACAGGAAUGUUGCCUGGACUGAGGGGUUCCUGGGGGUACUGGCAAGGUCCUGUGGUUCCUAGAGGCGCCAUUAAAGUUUGUUAAUAGUUACA